GGUCUUUCCCUCUCUCUCUCAUCUUCUCAAACGAAACAGUAGAGAGAGAGAGAGAACGCGAAUUCUGAAGAGAAGAGAAGAAAGAUCGAUUUUUCUUCGUGGAAGGGAAGAAAUCUUGAAUCUGUAAUUAUGAUGGGGAAGCUUCUGUGUGAUUCUCCGGCGACGAUUCAAGCCUCGUCUCCGACCGUUCCGUGGAGGGAACCGCCGACGACGAACGCCUCCUCGACCCUCGACGACGUGGAUCUCGUUGACCAGUCCGCGGCGGCGGCGGUUGUUGCGGCGGCGACCACCGCGUGGGACGAGGUUGUCGGCCUGGAGGAGCAGCAGAGACGGCACCUGCAGCGGUUGCACGCGAGGGGUGUGUUGUGGAAACGUCCCGUGAAGGAGGAGGACGACUUGCCGGCGUCCGUAGUGUUCCGGCUCUCGCACGGAGGAGAGGUCUCCGCCGACGGGAACUGCCUCUUCACGGCGUCGCAGAGGGCGAUGGGGGCGCGUGGGAUUGACGCGCGUGAGCUCCGGCGGCGGACGGUGCGGCGGUUCCUGGAGGACUUCGGAUCUGCGAAGGAGGAAGAGAAGGAAGUGAUUGGGGAAGCGAUUAGGCAUAUGUACUCGCCGGAUCUGAAGAAUGGGUGGGGGAUUCACGUCGUGCAGGAGGUGAAGUUAUUAGCCAAGAAGGAAGAUCGCGAGAAUCUGGAUUCCGCCAUUGAAGAGCUCAUUCAGAUUGGAAUGCAGAGAGAAACUGCUGCAGAGUCUAUCUACAAAGAGAGGUGUCUCCAGGUGAAGGAUGGUCCGAGUUGGGCCAAGUACAUGGCGAUUUCCGGCUCAUCGGAGGAUGAGUAUGACAUCAUUUCCUUGCUGUACACUGAAGACGGCUUGUUAUCUGUCGAGGAAAAUCGAGAUGGGCAUGCUGCUGCUUUCGGAGAUGACAUAGCAAUUGAGUGUCUCGCCACGGAAUUCAAACGAGAAAUCUUCGUGGUGCAAGCCCAUGGGUCAGAUGGGAUGGUAGAAGAGGAGAACUGUGUGUUCUUCCUUCCUCACAGACCGAGAAGCGAAAUCAGAGACUUGCCCGUGUUUCUGUUCAUGAAAGGGACAGGCUGGUGCGGGGCAGGAGCCGAUCACUACGAGCCCUUGAUCGCGCAUCCAUCCUCGCUGGUGUCCCCUGAGAAAGUAGCUCUUGUCCUCUGAGACAGACAACAGACAGUUUUGAGGUGUAGGAAUCCGAGUUUGAGUAAAAACCAGGCAGGCCAUUUGGUAAUCUUCUUGUCAUUUUUGUUUCACCGGGUUAGGGAUUUUGUUUUCUUCCAUCUCUUUUUUUUGGGUUGUAGAAUUCUUGGGAGAACAUGUUGUUGAGUAUUUUGAUUGAGAGCUGCAGGUUCUUGGCUCUGUGUUUUGGAGCCUUUUUUUCUUCUUUUUUUGCCUAUCAUUCAGUAGGAAGAGAGUAUUCUUCUCUGUUAGUUACUGCCAUUGAGUUGUGUGAUUCCCGGCUCUUGUAUCCUUUUUUUUUUUUACUUUGAAGAGUUGCUUAAUUGUCUGUCUUA